CUUCUGUAUCCUAAAAGGCAACACACAGGUAAAGCUCCUUGCCCCAGUCGGCCUCAAGUGGCGCUAGCUCUCCAGCUGGCACUCGAGUGUGUGGCCCCUGGCAGUCCCGGUGCUGCAGCGGGGAGCCUGGGUGAACGCUCGCAGAGGCUCGGGCAGCAGGAGGAGCGUGUGAGCUGUGGGCGUCCCUUUAAGAGUUGCUGGCCAGGCAAGGCCUCCGCCUCUCAGUGCGCAGAGAGGCGGCGGUCACCUGGGGCUCGUGAGGCAGCCAGAUUGCAGCGGGGUCGGCGGUCUUGUCGGCGUGAAGGUGGGAGAGGGGGCUCGAACGUGAGGUGCCCGGAGCCCUCACGGAGCGUGGCGGUCCCGCGCUCCUCUGCGGCGGAGGAUGCGGGAGCGCAUCUGGGCGCCGCUGCUGCUCCUGCUCCUGCCGCCGCCACUGUGGGGCGGCCCCCCGGACAGCCAGCGCCAGCAGCUGGAGCCUGAGCCCGGGCCUCUACAGCCCUUCGACCUGCUCUACGCCAGCGGCGUGGCCGCCUACUACAGCGGGGACUACGAGCAGGCAGUGCGGGACUUGGAAGCGGCGCUGCGCAGCCACCGGCGCCGGCGGGACAUCCGCACGCGCUGCGCCCGCCACUGUGCCGCGCGCCACCCGCUCGCGCCCCCCGGCGCCGGCCCCGGGGCCGAGCUGCCCUUUUUCCGCGCCUUGUUGGAGCGGGCGCGCUGUUACCGCAGCUGUGAGACCCAGCGCCUCGGGGGACCCUCGUCCCGCCACCGCAUUAGCGAGGAUGUGCGCAGCGACUUCCAGCGCAGAGUGCCCUACAACUACCUGCAGCGGUCCUACAUCAAGCUUAACCAGAUGGAGAAAGCAGUGGAAGCAGCCCACACAUUUUUCAUGGCCAACCCUGAGCACAUGGAAAUGCAGCAGAACAUUGAGAAUUAUAGAAUGAUGUCUGGUGUUGAAGCAUUCCAACUGGUAGAUAGAGAAGCCAAACCACAUAUGGAGAGUUAUAAUGCAGGAGUUAAACACUAUGAAGCUGAUGACUUUGAGGUGGCCAUAAAGUACUUUGAACAAGCUUUAAGAGAAUAUUUCAAUGAAGAUAUGGAAUGCCGAACCCUAUGUGAGGGGCCUCAGAGAUUUGAAGAGUAUGAGUAUCUAGGGUAUAAAGGUGGUCUGUAUGAAGCCAUUGCAGAUCACUACAUGCAGGUGCUGGUUUGUCAGCAUGAAUGCGUGAGGGAACUUGCCACCCGUCCUGGCCGCCUCUCACCCAUAGAGAACUUCCUCCCUCUGCACUAUGAUUACCUGCAGUUUGCCUACUACCGAGUUGGUGAAUACGUGAAAGCGUUGGAGUGUGCCAAAGCCUACCUUCUGUGCCACCCUGAUGAUGAAGAUGUCUUGGACAAUGUGGAUUACUAUGAGAGUCUGUUGGAUGAUAGCAUUGACCCGGCAUCCAUUGAGGCCAGAGAGGAUUUGACCAUGUUUGUGAAACGUCAUAAACUGGAAUCUGAACUGAUAAAAUCAGCUGCAGAGGGGCUAGGAUUUUCAUACACUGAACCGAAUUAUUGGAUCAGAUAUGGAGGACGACAUGAUGAGAAUCGGGUCCCUUCAGGAGUGAAUGUGGAGGGGACAGAAGUUCAUGGAUUAUCAAUGGGAAAAAAGUUAUCACCCAAGAUAGAUCGAGACCUGAGAGAAGGUGGUCCUCUGCUCUACGAGAACAUCACGUUUGUGUACAACUCAGAGCAGCUGAAUGGGACUCAGCGGGUUCUCCUGGAUAACGUCCUGUCGGAAGAACAGUGCCGGGAGCUCCACAGUGUGGCCAGUGGAAUCAUGCUUGUUGGAGAUGGAUACAGAGGGAAAACUUCACCCCAUACACCCAAUGAGAAGUUUGAAGGGGCAACUGUCUUGAAAGCGCUCAAAUUUGGUUACGAAGGCCGAGUCCCACUGAAGAGUGCCCGUCUGUUCUAUGACAUUAGUGAGAAGGCGAGAAAAAUUGUAGAAUCCUAUUUUAUGCUGAACUCAACCCUGUAUUUUUCCUAUACACACAUGGUCUGCCGAACAGCCCUGUCUGGUCAACAGGAUAGAAGAAAUGACCUCAGUCAUCCCAUCCAUGCUGACAAUUGCCUGUUGGAUCCAGAGGCCAAUGAAUGCUGGAAGGAGCCUCCCGCCUACACAUUUCGAGACUAUAGUGCUCUCCUGUAUAUGAAUGAUGACUUUGAAGGAGGAGAAUUCAUAUUCACUGAGAUGGAUGCUAAGACCGUGACUGCCUCCAUAAAACCAAAGUGUGGGCGUAUGAUCAGCUUCUCGUCUGGAGGAGAGAACCCUCAUGGGGUGAAGGCGGUCACCAAGGGCCAGAGGUGUGCUGUGGCUCUGUGGUUUACCUUGGACCCGCUGUAUAGAGAAUUGGAGCGAAUACAGGCCGAUGAAGUUAUUGCAAUCCUGGAUCAAGAACAGCAAGGGAAGCAUGAACUGAAUAUCAACCCUAAAGAUGAGCUAUAAAAUGAGAAAGAAUGUUCUAUCAAAUAUUUAUUUAAAUUGUUAAUCUUAUGAGAACCUUUUUAUUUUUGUACAGAGCCGUGGUAUAAAUUAACGGGUUAAUACGAGUCAUCAGAUCUCUCUUCUUUUCCUAAGGAUACUUGCUGUGCCUCACUUAGUCUAUCUUUCUUGGGUUUCCCCUCCCCCAUCUUUUUAGAGCUGAGGUCUUGCUAUGCUGCCCAGGCUGGAGUGCAGUGGCUAUUCACUGGUGUGAUUACACUCUCACACUCCUAGGCUUGAACAAUCCUCCCAUCUCAGCCUCCUGAGUGGCUGGGACCCCAAGCGUGUGCCACCAUGCCCUGUUCUCUUUCUUGGUCUUUCAUCAGUUUAUCUAUAAAAGCCCAGUCACUGCUACCCAACACACACACACAUACACACACACACUCACAGUUACACUCUUAAUUUGCUGCAGAUCCCAAAACUCAAACGGAGAGAAUAAGCUUGUUCUUGGUGAAACUACAGCUCUCAUGCCUCCUCCAGUUCUAGUUAGCAUGUGAUUUGGUCUUAGAAGCCCUCUCUGGCUGUUAGCCUUUCAUUCCCGUCCUCUCAUGGUGCUGACGGCCGUGAGCUCUGACCCUCCAGAGUCAGCUCAGCUUUGGGACUAAGGAGCCCCUGGCAGAGUCCGCACUGCCUCAGGUAUCACAGGCAUAAAGACAUGGAGGCUUCAGGCAAAAAAUAUUUCUCUGAUGAUAACUGCAUAAGACAGAGGGGCCUUCAGUCUUUCCAGGGCCUUGGUGGCAUUUUUGGCUCUGGUGUUUUCACCAGGGAAUAAACUUACACUGGAAGCUUCGAUUCACCCUCCACAGUGCUCCAGAAAAGACUGUCCUGUGAGUUGUAUAUUUUGAAAGGUCACAUGGAGGUUGAAGUAGAAUGACUCUUUACCCCAAUAACUUUGUAAGAAAAUCUUUACUACCACCUGGAUCAGGGCAUCAUUGCCGGGUCUCCUGUGAGUGACAUCCACUAGUGAAAUGGGGUGUUUUUGUAUUUAAGUAUGAAAAAUAAACUUCCAAUUGAUUUUCAUCUUCAUCUGCAUAUGUUUUGGUGGCCCUCCUCAUUGCUGCUAUCCAGCACACAGAUUCAUGCUCAUGUCUCAUUUGAUCAAUAAAGGGAGCCUUAUUUUAA